AUGGCGCUGGACCACCCAGUACAGAACAGCGAGGUCUACCUCCUGGGCUCCUGCCACGCCCCUCACAUCCCGCCGCCCUCUCCUCCUUCACCCGCUACACCAUGCGAAGAGCUUUCCUCCGGCUUGGAUGGCCUAAUGUCCAUCACACCCCCGGAUCCAGUCAACUCCUGUCCAACCUUCGGACAACGCCUCUCGAACGCAGUUCACGUCCUGGGCACUGAGGCUACCGCCCUCUCCUGCCUCACACGCCUGUAUGAGACGGACCCUGUCGCCCGCGGCGGCUUCAACUCUGCCGUCUCAGCGAUCACGCGCUUCAAGGGCGACAAAGGUAAGCUUGUCAUCUGCGGCGUCGGGAAGAGCGGACACAUCGCCAAAAAGCUCGUAGCAACAAUGAACAGCCUCAAGAUCCACGCCACCUAUCUCCAUCCUACGGAAGCUCUGCACGGAGACUUAGGCAAAGUUGGAAAGUACGACACGAUCCUGCUUAUCACUUUCUCUGGCAAGACGCCAGAGUUGCUUUCCCUGCUUCCGCAUUUCGACACCUCGUUGCCGCUAAUUGUCUUGACGUCCCACACUCACCCCUCAACCUGCGAGAUCGCUAAGCAUCGCCCAGAUACGAUUUUGCUUCCAGCACCAAUCCACAAAUCCGAGACAGAUUCAUUUGGCUUUAAUGCGCCUACGACAAGCACAACGAUGGCGCUUGCACUCGGCGAUGCCCUCGCGGUUGUCAUCUCAAACGAGCUACACAUCAACGUGCAAGCCGUAUUCUCGCAGAACCACCCCGGAGGCGCCAUCGGCCAAGCUAUCCCCAAGAAACUCUCCGAUCUCGUCAUCCCCUUGACUGAUAUCUGGGAUGUCGGCAACAGCGUUGACGUAGUAACAGGCGCACACGUCUUGAUGAGCGCGUAUAAGAGCAAGACGCAUUGGGUCAGGGCCGGUAUGGAUGUUGUCAUCCCGCCCAGGAGAAUCAAGAGGCUGGGCACGGGUGAUAUGGAUGAGCCGGCGAUGUGUAUCCCGGGCCUGGCGGUGCCGUGUCGGGAGUGGAUUGAGAUUCCGGGGCAGACGGAACUCGCCCAGGCGAAGGAGUUUGUUAAGGCGAAGAGGAGAGAGGGGGAUAGCAGGUUCAGCGAUGAUUCGAUUUUGGUUGCGGUGGUGGAGAGCGAGAGGCUGGGUGUUAUGGAGGCGGGGGAGUUGAUGGGUUGA